AUGACACCAGCUGAGAAGAAGUUUAUCGAAAUAUUGCAGAACAGCAGGGUGCCUCCAAGAAAAGUAAUGUCCAUAUUCAGAAUGCUGAGGACCCAUAUUCGAGCUGUGGGUUUCGAUGCAAGAGAUGUCACAAAUUUGAAAAGCCAAGAAAAUAAGAAGCAUAGGAACAAGGAUGUUGAUGAGUUGCUGACAUUGUUCAAAGAUAGGCAGAAGAGAAUACCAGGAUUUUACUACAGCUUGCAGACAGAUGAAGAUGGAACAGUACGUAGUGUGUUUUGGACAGAUGCAGUUGGCAGGUCAAACUACAAGGUUUAUGGAGAGUACAUAUCAUUUGACACCACGUUCAGCACUAACGUCUAUGACAUGCCAUUUGCACCAAUAGUGGGAGUGGACAACCAUGGCAAGACAAUUCUAUUUUGA